UUGCAUCAAGCAGCUACCAAAGGUGACGUAGAAAUGAUCGAAUUUGCUCUUCAAAAUGGUCAAUCACCCAAUUGCAUCAAAGAUGGAAUAUCCCCCUUACAUUCCGCUGCCUGGAGUGGUCAUGAAGCAUGCGCAAAAGUGCUACUGGCUCACGGGGCAGAGGUGAAUAUCGGAGGAGUGCAAACAGCAAGAUCAGGCUCUAUCAGUGAUCUUACCAGCAAACCUUCCCCUUCUCCAAUUGGAUUCACUCCUUUGCAUUUAGCGUCCCUCUACGGGCAUACAUCCAUCGUUCGUCUUUUGCUAGAUCAUGGCGCAUACACUUCGCUCCCUGAUCGCAACGGCUUCACUUCGGCCAGCCUGGCACAGUGGAAUGGGCAUACUGGCAUUGCUGAAUUGCUCAACAUCUGGGCUGCAACAAAUGCCAACGAUCCAUUCACCGAUUCACCAAAAGUGUCCAAGGAUAAUUUGGCUUCAUCU